AAAAAAAAAGAACUGAGAAAUUGUAAACAGAGCUACGAUGUUCUGAAGGGCGGUCAAGAUCCAACCGAAAAUGGGUGCAUUAUUCUGUUUGUUUCUGAUAGAAAAUGCGUCAGAUCUAUCCCAAGUAUGCUACUAUCUAUCUGAGCCAAGGCCUCUAAUUUUCAGAUCUUUAUCACACCACAAUAACUGAAAAACCAAAUCAAAGAAGAAGACGAACAAGAUGUAUAUGGCAUAUGGCUGGCCCCAGGUGAUCCCACUGGAACGAGGGCUCUGUCCCUCUUCCCAGCGGAUCAUCUACCUCAAGGUCAUCAAUCGCCUAUUGCUAGUCGUCUCCCCUUCUCAUUUAGAGCUCUGGAGCUCUUCCCAGCACAAAGUAAGACUGGGGAAGUACAAGAGGGAUUCGGAUUCGCUGCAGCGGGAGGGAGAGAAUUUACAGGCUGUUUGGAGCCCUGAUGCUAAAUUAGUCGCUGUUCUUACAUCAUCUUUCUUUCUUCAAAUUUUUAAGGUUCAGUUUACAGAGAAAAGAAUACAGAUUGGAGGGAAGCAACCCUCUGGUUUGUUUCUUGCUUCUAUAUCUCUUCUUCUGAGUGAGCAGGUGCCUUUUGCGGAAAAUUACUUGGCUGUGAGCAAUUUUGUAUGCGAUAAUAAACAUUUGCUAGUUGGACUUUCUAAUGGAUCUUUAUAUAACAUCUCAUGGAAGGGCGAGUUUUAUGGAUCAUUUGUACUUGAUCCCCGCUCUCGUGACAGCAGUAAAAGCACUCAUCCAUCAAAUUCUCUUGAUAAUGGUUUCACUUCUGGUGGAGCCCCGAGAGUUAUUAUCCAGGACCAUAAUGUUUCAAGAACGGCUGCUAUUAUUCAAUUGGAGCUUAAUCUUCCAUUGAGGUUGCUAUUUGUGUUAUAUUCUGAUGGACAAAUGGUGUUGUGUUCAGUAAGUAAGAAAGGAUUAAAGCAAGCUGAUUCUAUUAAAGCUGAAAGAAUUUUGGGCUCUGGUGAUGCUGUAUGUGCUUCAGUAGCUUCCGAACAACAAAUCCUUGCUGUUGGCACCAGAAGAGGGGUUGUUGAGUUAUAUGAUCUGGCAGAAUCCACACCUCUUAUUCGUACCGUGUCUUUGUAUGACUGGGGAUAUUCAAUGGAGGAUACUGGCUCUGUCAGUUGUAUUGCAUGGACACCUGAUAAUUCAGCUUUUGCAGUUGGGUGGAAGUUAAGAGGACUUACUGUCUGGUCUGUUUCUGGGUGCCGUUUGAUGUCAACAAUCCGUCAAAUUGGUUUAAGUUCUGUAUCUUCUCCAAUGGUUAAGCCAAGCCAGCAUAGUAAGUAUGAACCUUUAAUGGGGGGCACCUCACUGAUAGAGUGGGAUGAAUAUGGAUAUAGGCUUUAUACCAUCGAGGAAGGAUCUCCGGAGAGAAUUGUUGCAUUUUCUUUUGGAAAAUGUUGCCUAAACAGAGGAGUUUCAGGCACAACAUAUGUCCGUCAAGUGAUUUAUGGGGCAGAUCGAUUGCUUGUUGUGCAGUCCGAGGAUACUGAUGAACUUAAAAUGCUACAUCUUAACCUUCCAGUUUCGUACAUGUCCCAAAAUUGGCCAGUUCAACAUGUGGCCGCCAGCAAGGAUGGAAUGUUCUUAGCAGUUGCUGGUCUCCGUGGGUUAAUCUUACAUGAUAUAAGGGCAAAAAGGUGGCGAGUCUUUGGAGAUAUUACUCAGGAACAUAAGAUUCAGUGCAAGGGUUUGUUAUGGCUGGGGAAGAUCGUUGUUGUCUGCAACUACAUUGAUUCUUCUAACAUGUAUGAGUUGCUUUUUUAUCCUAGAUAUCACCUUGAUCAAAGCUCACUGCUUGGUAGGAAACCAUUGCUUGCCAAACCAAUGGUGAUGGAUGUCUAUCAAGAGUACAUUCUUGUUACGUAUCGACCGUUUGAUGUCCACAUAUUCCAUGUGAAGUUAUUAGGUGAAUUGACACCUUCUAGCACCCCAGAUUUACAGCUUUCUACAGUACGGGAACUCUCAAUCAUGACUGCAAAGAGCCAUCCUGCAGCCAUGCGUUUUAUCCCUGAUCAGCUUCCAAGAGAUGGCAUCCCAAACAAUCAAUUUUCGUCCUCUUCGGCUCUGUUACUUAGAGAGCCUGCGAGAUGUCUGAUACUGAGGGCGAAUGGAGACCUUUCACUUCUUGACUUGGAUGAUGGACACGAAAGAGAGCUCACCAACUCUGUUGAAUUAUUUUGGGUCACUUGUGGUCCAGAGGAGAAAACAAAUCUAAUAGAGGAAGUUUCAUGGUUAGAUUAUGGUCACCGAGGAAUGCAGGUUUGGUAUCCCUCUCCUGGUAUUGACCCUUUUAAACAGGAGGAUUUCAUGCAGUUGGAUCCGGAGCUGGAAUUUGAUCGCGAGAUAUACCCACUGGGGCUUCUUCCAAAUGCUGGUGUUGUUGUUGGUGUUUCCCAGAGGAUGUCAUUUUCAGCAUGCACAGAGUUUCCAUGUUUUGAGCCUACUCCUCAAGCUCAAACUAUACUUCAUUGCCUACUACGACACCUUCUUCAGAGGGACAAAAGGGAGGAGGCUUUACGGUUGGCGCAAUUAUCUGCAGAAAAGCCUCAUUUUUCGCACUGUCUGGAAUGGCUUCUUUUCACAGUAUUUGACACAGAAAUAACCAGGCAAAACAUAAACAAGCACCACGUUUCAGGCCCUAAAUUUGCUAACAACUCAUCUCUUCUGGAGAAGACCUGUGAUUUGAUCAGAAGUUUCCCAGAGUAUUUUGAUGUGGUUGUCAGCGUUGCAAGAAAAACCGAUGGUCGACAUUGGGCAGAUUUGUUUUCUGCUGCUGGAAGAUCAACAGAGUUGUUUGAGGAAUGCCUCCAGCAGAGAUGGUAUCGAACUGCUGCUUGUUAUAUACUUGUAAUUGCUAAACUUGAAGGUCCCGCUGUCAGUCAGUACUGUGCUUUACGUUUAUUACAGGCAACGCUUGAUGAAUCAUUAUAUGAGCUUGCUGGGGAGCUGGUGAGGUUCUUGUUGAGAUCUGGAAGGGAGUAUGAACAGGCAUCCACAGAUUCAGACAGAUCAUCUCCUAGAUUCUUGGGCUAUUUUCUAUUCCAUACAAGUUACCGGAAGCAGUCCUUGGAUAAAAGCAACUCAAUGAAAGAGCAAAGCGCUCAUGUUGCUCCUGUUAAGAAUAUCUUAGAAAACCAUGCUAGUUAUUUAAUGUCAGGAAAAGAACUUUCCAAGCUUGUUGCAUUUGUAAAAGGCACCCAGUUUGAUUUGGUGGAGUAUCUUCAAAGAGAAAGACAUGGAUGUGCUCGCUUGGAGAACUUUGCUUCAGGGCUUGAACUGAUUGGGCAAAAGCUUCAAAUGGGGAUGUUACAAAGCCGGUUGGAUGCAGAAUUCCUCUUGGCUCAUAUGUGCUCUGUCAAGUUCAAAGAGUGGAUAGUUGUAUUGGCUACACUUCUAAGAAGAUCUGAGGUUCUUUUCGAUCUUUUCCAGCAUGAUAUGCGGUUAUGGAAGGCAUAUAGCAUUACCCUGCAGUCGCAUCUGGCAUUUUCUGAAUACCAUGAUCUGCUUGAAGACUUGGAAGAGAAACUUUCAUCAGUUGCAAAUUUGGAAGAGAAAUGAAGGCACAUUUGGAUUUCGAAUCCUGAAUGCUGACUAGGCAUUGUUGCUAAUUGAAAUAAUUCGUCGAGAACAUUGGUGGCCUACCGUGUAAAUGGCCUAGCAUCCAUGGAAUGGAGUGGACAAUGAGAACCAGGAAACUGAAUGGUGGUGGCCGUUUGAUAAAUGAUCGAUUCAAUAGAAAAGAUAGGAUGGAUUGCUGGUGUCAAUGGAAUUACAGAAUUGUUUUUUCAUGUAAUUAAGAAGGAACCAAACUUAUAUGCACAGUUCUUAAUAUUUUCCAUUGUUUAUUCAUAAUCUACAUGUUUUAUAAUCUAUAUAUAUUUAGAGGAGCCGUUGAUGGUUCAAAGAGUUUUUCUGA